ACGACCGGGCAGCACGUCUCUGAGAACCCGUCCCGUGUAAUUUUUUUAAAUUCUUAUUUCAUCUUCUCAAAAUAAAGAAAAAUACAAAAGUUAAAAUUUGUAAUUUUGUGUGUGUGUGAACGAAUUUUGCACAAAACUAUUAUCGAAUCAAGACAUUUUUUCGGGACGAAAUUCAAGAAAAGUGUGUAAGAGAAGAAAACUCAAUUAGUGACUUGCACGCGCUCCAGUGUUGUUGUGUGGGACAGUGUUGUUGUUUAGUGUGUUAUAUAUACCGGACAACAAUUCGUUAAAGACGACAAAGUGAUUUGGAGCCAGUGAUUGGCCAACAUCGAUUAAAUGUGCCAAGUUCAAAAUCCCAACGAGGACUAUAUUAGCAUUAUUUUUGGCGCGCAGAUUUAAAAAUUUUGCGGAGAGACACACUCACAGAGAGAGAAACCUCGCGUCUUUUGUUUUGUUCGAUGCCCGCCAAUUUGAAUUGCAAAUCGAUUGGGAUGAACGCAAUCACUGCGGUCGUCUUUUGUCCUUCUUUUGUCUUUUGAAAGAACCGCCGAAAAAUUCCGUUGGUUCAGCCGGACAAACACAAGAAGAAGAAGAUCCUUUUUCGUUGAUGUCGCCGUUGGCCGCCCGGCGAUUUCGACGUUGUUGAUGCGAUCGCUGACGCGUGAAAACGACAAGAAAAGAUCUCCAGCCACGCCAGCAUUCCUCCAACACACAUCACAAGAACCUUUUCUCUAGAAAAAGAAUCAAUCCGACAGAGAAAUAUUUUCAGUGGGCCACCGAAAGAAAUAAACAAAUAUAAUCAAACGAAACAACAAACAACAACUUUCCUGUAUUACCACACACACAGCUCCAGUCUUGGAAAAAAAGCUGUCGGCGAAUAGAGUGAAGAAAUGAACGCGACCAUCAGCUGUCUUGUUGAUCUGGCAGAAGUGGCCGGCGUGGACAGCCGUGGAUUAGCAUUAUCGUGAACUCUGUGGCAACGGCGCGUGAAACACACACACGAACGACUAUAGCUAAAAGAGAAAGAAAGGUGUGUGCUGUUGUGUGCAAACAAGUGAAUCUAACAGUGUGCCCCGGCUGUGUGUGUGUCUCUGUGUGCGUGCGUGUGUGUUGUUGUUUCUCUCUGUGUGUUAUGUGUGCGCAGUGCGUCCAGGAAAGGACAGACAGACAAACUGAACUGACGGUGAAAAAGGAAAUAAUAAUAACGUCAUCGACGACCUGAGUGUACCAUCCAAGAAACACAGGUGGAAACAAAAAGAAAAGAGAGUCUAUAGCAUAGCGGCCAUCGUCAGUGACUAAACGGAUUAUAUUAACUUUGGUGCAUUUAUUGGUCACGCGGCUACAUCCGCCCAGUGAGCCCGAGAGCAGCACCAGCACCGGCCUUUACGUCACAACCGUGGAGUUUGUGUGUGUGUGCCGUGUGUUGAACAGCAGCUGAUUCAACUGGAAAACCAUUUCGAGAGACUCUCUCCUUUCCCGUCAUGUUUGGGUCAAGUAGUGAGUGGUCGUCGACGGGAGGCGGGGCCCAACAGCAGCAGCAGCAGAUACAGCAACAACAACAACAACAGCAGCUGUCGGUAGUAACGGGAGCGUCCAGUUGGGGCGCGAGCGGGUCGACCGGCGGAUCAGCAUCGGCGCCGUCCUCUUUCGGACAGUCGGACAAUUCGUCCGUCGCGAACGGCUACCACCAUCCGCACCACCAGCAGCAGCAGCAGCAGUCACACCAGUCCUCCUCCUCCUCUUCUGCCAAGAAUUCCUCGACAGCCGCAUCGUUCCGGACCAAUAUGGCAGCCAGUUAUCAAGGUGGAAUGGGUACGCCGACGCCCGGAGUGACUCCGCCGGAUGCAGUCACCUCAGUCGGAGUCGUCGGUCUCCAACAGCAACAGCACAACGAGCGCAACGAUCUCAGUUACAAUCAGAUGGGCGGCAUGGGCCAGCAAGGCUUUAAUGGCGUCAACCAGUACGGCAUGAUGCAGCAGCAGACGAGAGUGUCGAACGGCCAAGGCAACUUUGGCCCGGUGAUGAGCAGCGGGAUGAUGGGGCCCGUCAUGAACAACAUGGGGGCCACCGGUAACAACCCAGGAGUGGGUGGUGGCAACAUGAUGAUGAGCAACGGAGCUGGACCUAUUGGUGCCGCUGGUUUCCAGCAAAAUGGAAUGACCAAAAUGUCAUCCAUGCAGCAGGACCCUUAUGGCUCGGGACAGGCCGGCAUGAACAGCCCCAUGUAUCGGGGCCGACACGCUCCCUAUCCUAACGCUGCCCAGCACAGUUCGCAAAAGCGACAUCAGCAGCAGCAGCAACAACAACAACAGCAACAACAACAGCAGCAGCAAAUGAAUAAUUACGGACAGGCCAUGUACGGUCCCGCUCAGGGUGGUUACAUGGGCAUGAGACCGGGAUUCGCUGCUGGACCUCAGCAACAGCAACAACAACCACAGAGCCAACAACAGUACCAGCCCAUGCAGAACAUGCAAAGCGGCGGCGGAGGAGGAGGAGGCUACCAGAAUCCCAACGGUCCCGGCGUUCAAAUGCAACGAGGAGGAGGUGGUGGGAUGAUGAACGGCGGCGCCAAUCUCCGGCCCAUGAACAACAUGAACGGAAUGAACAUGAACAUGGGGUACAACAACGGAACGACCGCCAGCGGGACCCAGUACGGCUACGGUAAUGGCAACAUGGUCAAUCAACAGCAGCAGCAACAGCAGCAGCAACAACAACAACAGUAUUACCCCUCCCAACAGUCCAUGAUGAUGCAAAACACAUCACAACAACAGCAAAUGCUUCAGCAGCAGCAACAACUCCAGCAACAACCCGCACAACUGCAGUUCCAGCAGCAGCAGCAACAGCAGCAGCAGCUCCAGCAGCAGCAGCAACAACCUCCAGUGGGCGCGGGAUUCCAGCACAGUCCCAUUCCCGGCAACCCGACGCCGCCAUUGACGCCGGCCGCCAACCUACCCCCUUUCGCCAGUCCCAACAGCGACAUCAAACCGACGCUGGCCCUGGGACAACCUAAAGACGAUGAACUUCGAUUGACUUUCCCUGUUCGAGACGGCAUCCUGUUAUCACCGUUCCGACUCGAACACAACUUGGCUGUCAGCAACCACGUAUUCCAGCUGAAACCCACCGUCCAUCAGACCAUUAUGUGGAGAAACGACCUGGAGCUGCAGUUAAAAUGUUUUCAUCACGAAGACAGAGCCAUGAAUACUAAUUGGCCGGCCAGCGUCCAGGUGUCGGUCAACGCCACUCCACUCAACAUCGACCGGGGAGAGAAUAAAGCGGCCCACAAGCCCCUCUACCUCAAAGACGUUUGCCAAGUUGGACGCAACACCAUCCAGAUCACCGUGUCGGCCUGCUGUUGCUCGCACUUGUUCGUCCUUCAAGUCGUCCACCGGCCGAGCGUCCGCUCCGUUCUGCAAGGUCUUUACCGCAAGCGAUUGCUGCCCGCUGACCUUUGCAUCACCAAAAUCAAACGCAAUUUCAACAGCGUGGCGGCAGCGGCCGCGGCCAACGGCACCGUCUCUUCCACCAGCCCGACGGGCGUCAGUUGCGACGGCGAUGGAGUUGAGCAAACAGCUAUCAAGGUCUCAUUAAAAUGUCCGAUCACCUUCAAGCGGAUAGCUUUACCUGCCCGCGGCCACGAGUGCAAGCACAUUCAGUGUUUCGAUCUCGAGUCCUACCUGCAGAUGAAUUGUGAUCGAGGCUCUUGGAAAUGCCCAGUUUGCAAUAAAACGGCGCUGCUCGAGGGACUGGAGAUCGACCAGUACUUGUGGGGCAUUCUCAACACGCUGAGCUCCAACAGCAGCAGCGCCUCUGACGCCGAAGAGGUCACCAUCGACUCGGCGGCCAAUUGGCGGCCCGUCAACCAGAAGCUGAUGAGCGCCAGCGUCAAAACGGAGGACGACGGUGGCCAGGAAACUUCAUGUCACGGCUCGAAGAGAGCCAAAGUGAUGUCACCGGGCAGCGUGACCUUACCCACCAUGCCCAACUGGGAUCUGGGCCAGUCCUUGUCCCCCUUCUGCCCACCUGACAUGAACAGUAUAGCAAGUGGCUCGAUGAUGAACGGAAUGACGGGCAGCAGCGGCAAUAACAGCGCCGGCCAGAUCAUGACCAGCAACGCCAUGGGAUCUCCUUUCGACAACAUCCUCAACGGCGGCGACUGGAACACGGUCGGCGGCAGUGGCAGUGGCAGUGGUCUGAGCGGCACCAACACGAUGAGCGCCACGCAGAGCCAAGAUCCUUUGAGCAAUUUGAUGGACUCGGUCAACUCCCUGGAUCCGCUCAAUUCCAUGGGCAAAUCUCUCAACGAACAGAUGAACUCGCUGGUCAACAGCGCCUCGCUCAACAACGCGGGAAUCCUCCUCGGCCCUGGAUCGGGCAACAGCUUAUCGUCCACGGGCAACAACAGCAACAGCACCAGCGCCCAGGGGAGCAGUCACCGGAGUUCACUUCACGCACCGCAAACGCCAUCCAAUAUGUUGAACAUGGGCCACCAGCAACAACAGCAGACCCAACAACAACAGCAACAGCAGGCGAUACGGAACGACACCCUGGCUCAGCUGGAUCUUUCAUCCGAUUUGAAUUUCGAUCCAGCGGCUGUCAUCGAUGGCGGUGGCGAGGGCCAGGAAGGUCUCAAUUUGUUGCCGGACAGUGUGGUGGACCCGAUGGAUUUACUUUCCUACCUGGACCCACCCGAACUGGCGACGCCUCCAUCCAGCGGCGGAAGCAGCGUCGGCGGUAGCGGCAACAGUCUCAGCGGCCAACUCAGCGCCGGAAGUCUGUGCGUCAACAGCACCAACGACGACCUGCUGGCCUUGUUCGACUAACUUUCGAUUGAGACUUGUAUAGUCAACACAUCGAGUGCGACGUUACAUAAAUAACCGCUAUAAGAAAAAAGAAGAAGAAGAAAAAACCCAGUGAUGAAUUUUUUGUUUAAUUCAAAAAAGAAAAGUUUUAAUGUUUCCACAUGCAGUUGAGUGUGAGUUAAAUGUAACAAGACGUUUAAGUAGGUCACCGGCGAGGAUCACAUAAAGUCUCAUCGACAUUUCAAUCAAUUUUUGUACAAAAAAGGAAAAACGUUAAGCAAACAAACACACAAAAAAAAAUUAAGGAGAAAAACAAUGAAGCCAAAGAAGUUGUUUCCUCGUCCCAAUAUUAUUACCCCCGCCUUGCAGUUGGGUUUAACCGACGUGAGCGAAAACAAACCAACAAAAAACAAAACAAAAAAAAAUGGAAAACUAUAAGAAGAAGAUCGAAGAAACUUUUUUUGUAAUACGGAGCGUACAAAACUCUUUUGUGUCUAAAAGAAAAAUCAAGAAAUAUUUGCGUCGAUAAAAUUUAAAAAUUCACAUACGAAGCUUAUCAAACUUAAUCAUCUCUGUUCAGGUGUUUAUCCUUGUUUAGUUCUAGGAAAUGUUUCCCUUAUUUUUGGCCCAUUUGGUGCCCCAGUUUUUUUUCGGGGGGCGAGUGUUUUUCUUUUAUCUCUCUCUCUCUCUCAUAUUGCCCGUGUAUAAUGUAGAAAAGAGUCUAUAGAUUUCGUCCUCUUGGAUUCCCCACCCCCAAAAAAUGAUAUGCUUCAAGCAAACAAGAACGACAAAAAAAAAUCAAUUAAGAGACAAAAUAUGUUGUACAGAAAAUUCAAUCUCUUCUCUCUCUCUCUCUCUUGCUUCCCUCCUAUACCCUUUCUCCGGUUCCUGUUGAAAGCAGAAGAGAUAAAAAAAAAAAAGAAAAAAGGUACAUUGAUGCAAAAACAUUAUAGGGAGAAAAAUUUGAUUGCGUGCGUCUAUCAUACGUAUAUAUAAAUAUUCCUUGAUUUCAUCAGUGACCCGAUAUGGAAAUGUUGUAUUUUUCGCUUCCCCAUGUCUCUCUUUCUCUCUCUCUCUCUCACACUCUUUGUCUUUUUUUAUUAUUGAAUUAUAUAUUAUGCGACCUGUACCGCUAUGUCUACGAAGGCAAAAAAAAAUUAUUCCAACAAGACAUAAAAGAUACAAAAAAGAAAUGGCGAAAACAUAAAAAAAAAAUUAACGAAUACCAAGAUACGAAAGAAAACAAAAUCAGUUUUGGUUUUUGGGUUGAUUUCCUUUAUUUUUUCUUCUAAGUAUGGCGUCGUUUUCGAAUCUUUUUUAUAAUCGUUGAUUAUAUCCGUGUGUAGGCUACAUAACGGGUUUGUCGUGUGUGCGUGAUCGCUAGACGAGGAGUCGCCAUCCCGUCACUUCAUUUGAUGAUGAAAUAGCGAAAAAAUCCAGCACGCAAACCUUAAAACAAAGAGGCAAGCUGAAAAAAGAAAUCAAUUGUAAAAUAAUAAGAAAGCUAAUUGUUGCUUUUAAUUGGUCGGAAACUGAUGAUUAGCUUUUUUUCUUUUGGGAAGGGAGGGGGGAUAUCUUUUCGAUCCGUUUAUUAAAUGGUCGUCAUAUAUUCUUGAUUGUUUGUCGGGCGAGUGAUGAUGUGAAACUCUUCUUCCCUUAACCCUCCCUUAUUUGUAAAAUAAAAAACUUUUUUUUUUCACUCGAACAGACAACACGAGGCUGUAACGUUAUACGGAGAUUUUUUUAAUCAGUCUCAGUAAAAAUAAAAAAGGGGAAAACAAAAUAAUAAACACUCCGUUCACGAAAACACACAGCAGACUUGUUGACGCAUUGUCUCGUCGUUACACGCCACUCCCUCAUUUGUCUGCCGGUUAAAAUCGAUCCCUUAUCAAUCUUUUAUACCGCGUCUCUCCCCCUCCCCUGAACGCAAUUGUUUGUACUGUGUUUUGUACAUCAUCUUAAUAUCAAAAGAAGCAGCAAAGCAAGCAAAAAAAAAAAUGAAAAUCACAAAAAACAAAUGAAUCGAAAGAAGAGAGACAGAACAGUCUGCGCUCUGAUGUUUUUAUAAGAAAAAGAAGAAAACCAAAUUUACAUAUGAUAAUAUUCCUCGUCCUCUGUUGGUUUUGAUUUCAUUGGUCCUCGUCUGUUACAUAUAAUAUAUAUAUCCAAUAUUCUAUGCAGUGUCUCUUACGUUCCUCGUCAACUUCUGCUCCUUUUUUGAUCAUAUGUGACCCCGAUUUUCGCGCUGUCUCCUCUCGCUCUUUUCUCUCACUCUCUCCUCCUCCUUGUUCUCGUUUUGAAUUUUUCAUUUUGUACAAAAGGUUUUGAAAGAAGCAUUUGCAUCGCCAAAUAUAUAACACAGCACUGAA